AUGGGAGGCCCAUGUGAAGCAAAAAGGAGGAUUCUGGGGUGCGUGGCGGAAUCUAUACUAUUAUACGCAGCUCCAAUCUGGGGAAGUGUUCUAGAGAUUAACAAAUAUAACACAGUAGCCAGCGACAAGGACGUGUGGCUUCACAAACUGCUACCAGAUAUUACGCCGUGGUAUGAGAGAUCCUGUGGUGAAAUUGGAUACUAUUUGACCCAAACAAUGACAGCCCAUGGCUCCUUCCAAAGUUAUGUUAGGAGAAUAGGUAAAGCUGAAAAUGACAUCUGCCUAUACUGUAGCUCGGAGAUAGAUAAUGCAGAGCACACAAUUUUCAGAUGUCCUGCGUGGGCGGAUAUUAGAAACUUGUCAGAAAUAACAGUAAGAGCUGAGUUACGACCAGAAAAUAUAGUGCAGAUUAUGAUGGAAGCAGAUUUUAAAUGGGAAGCUGUUGAGAGUAUGGUGGAAAAAAUUCUAAAAAGAAAGGAACAGGACAAUAGACAAAGAGGUCCAAACACACAGCAACAUUAG